AAGCUUUAAAGAGGGCGCCACAGAGCAAGGAGAUGGUUACACAGAGAGAGGGAGGAGGAAGGAGGAGAUGGUUUCAUGGGGGAGGCGAUGGCUCCAACCCCAUCAAAACCCGGUCGGUUUUCCCUAAAACCGCUAGCGGUCUUCUUCCUCCCGCUUUAGCGGUUUUCUCCAAUCAGGAAUUAUGAAGUUGGAACUUAAGAAAGGAUGGAAAUCGAUGACGCCCAUUCGUUUAAGAGGAAAAUCCUGUACCCGCUUUUGUAUGUUCUCAAAAGUGAGGUCCUCGGACCUAUCUUCUGGUUGCACUCCAGUCUAUCUGAAUGUAUAUGAUUUGACACCCAUGAAUGGGUAUUUCUAUUGGGCUGGCUUUGGAAUUUUCCACUCUGGUGUGGAAGUUCAUGGUGUGGAGUAUGCAUUUGGAGCUCAUGACUAUCCGACAAGUGGGGUAUUUGAGGUGGAGCCUCGCCAAUGUCCAGGUUUUAAGUUCAGAAAGUCCAUAUUUAUGGGCACCACUCGUCUGGACCCUGUUCAAGUGAGGGAAUUCAUGGAAAGGCAGGCAGCAAGCUACACAGGAGACACAUAUCAUCUUAUUGUCAAGAACUGUAACCAUUUCUGCAAGGAUAUCUGUUUCAAGUUGACUGGGAACAAGACCCCAAAGUGGGUGAAUCGGCUCGCCAGAAUAGGUACACACCAGAAAACUCUCUCUCCCCUCUAAUCUAAUCAAUUCUUU